UCUGCACAGCGCCGCUCGCGCCAGCUGCGCCACCUGGACGAGAAGGAGCUCAUCUUUGAGCUGGUCAAGGACAUCUGCCACGAGCUGGACGUCCGCUCGCUCUGCCACAAGAUCCUGCAGAACGUGAGCGUGCUGCUGCGCGCCGACCGCUGCUCGCUGUUCCUGGUGCGGUCGCCCGUGGGCGCGGGCGCCGGCACGGGCGCGGGCGCGGGCGGCGAGGAGCAGCGCUACCUGGUGCCCACGCUCUUCGACGUGAGCCAGCGCUCCACACUGCAGCAGCAGGAGCAGCUGGCGCGCGACAUCCGCGUGCCGUGGGGCGCCGGCGUCGCGGGCUUCGUCGCCGCCUCCGGCCAGCCCGUCAACAUCCCCGACGCCUACCAGGACGAGCGCUUCAGCCAGGAGGUGGACCUGCAGACCGGGUACCGCACGCGCGCGCUGCUCUGCAUGCCCAUCAAGGACGGCGCGGGGGAGGUCAUCGGCGUGGCGCAGGUCAUCAACAAGCAGCAGGCGCACCUGACGGGCCAGAGCCCCGACGCCGCCGCCGGCGCCGGCGCCGUCACCGCCUUCUCGCCCGCGCCCACCGCCUGCUUCACGCGCAACGACGAGCAGGUGCUGCUGGACCUGGCGCGCAUGAUCUUCGAGGAGCAAAGCACCAUCGAGCACGUGGUCUUCCGCAUCCUCACGCACACGCAGUCGCUCAUCCAGUGCCAGCGGGUGCAGGUGUUGCUGGUGCACCGGGCGUCGAGGGGCAGCUUCUCGCGAGUCUUCGACUUCGAGGCGAGCGACGUCGAGGCGGAGGAGCGCGACGCGCCCACCAGCCCGUUCGAGAGCCGCUUCCCCAUCCACGUCGGCAUCUCGGGAUACGUGGCCACCACAGGUGAGCUUAUCAACAAGUUCGAUGAUCUGCCAUUCACAAAGAAUGACGAGAACUUCGUGGAAGCAUUUGCUAUCUUCUGUGGAAUGGGAAUCCACAACACGCAUAUGUAUGAGAAAGCAGUGAUAGCCAUGGCAAAGCAGAGCGUCACAUUGGAAGUGCUCAGCUACCAUGCUUCUGCUUCUCUUGAAGAUGCACAAAGACUGAGGAACCUUCGUGUUCCAUCCUCCCAGCAUUUCGGGUUACAUGACUUCAAGUUUGAUGAUAUCCAUAUGGAUGAUGAUGACACUUUGAAGGCAUGUAUAAGAAUGUUCCUAGACCUAGACUUCAUAGAGCGAUUCCAUAUUGACUAUGAAGUACUCUGCAGGUGGUUAUUAAGUGUAAAGAAGAAUUACCGCCAAGUUACAUACCACAAUUGGCGACAUGCUUUCAAUGUUGCCCAGAUGAUGUUUGCCAUUAUUACAACCACUCAAUGGUGGAAGUCGCUAGGGGAGAUUGAAUGUCUGGCAUUACUAAUUGCCUGUCUUUGUCAUGAUUUGGACCACCGAGGUACCAACAAUUCUUUCCAGAUCAAAGCCUCAUCACCUUUGGCGCAGUUGUAUUCUACCUCUACAAUGGAACACCAUCAUUUUGACCAGUGCAUCAUGAUUCUCAGUAGUCAGGGAAAUCAAAUUCUUGCAAAUGUGACUUCAGAUGAAUAUUCACGAAUAAUAAAAGUUCUAGAAGAUGCAAUCCUUUCAACAGACCUGGCUGUUUACUUCAGGAAAAGAGGCUCCUUCCUUUCGUUAGUGAGAUCCGGAGCUGGUUCACCUGGAGGAUCCCUCUGGCACUGUGAAGAACAACGUGAGCUGCUCCGUGCCAUGACGAUGACUGUGUGUGAUCUAGCAGCUAUUACAAAGCCUUGGGAGGUGGAAAAACGUGUUGCUGAACUUGUGUCCAGUGAGUUCUUUGAACAAGGUGACAUUGAGAGACAGGAACUGAAGAUCACUCCCAUUGAUAUUAUGAAUCGUGAGAAAGAAGACCAACUCCCAAUGAUGCAAGUGGGCUUCAUUGAUUCAAUUUGUUUACCAAUCUAUGAGGCAUUUGCCCAAUUGUCAGACAAGUUAGAACCUCUCGUUGAAGGUGUGCGACAAAAUAAGAACCAUUGGUUAGAGAUUGCUGGAAUGACUGAUGCCAUGGAAGCAGAAGAAGGUGGUGAAGAAACUGCUUCAUCCAGUAAUGAACAACAAUAAUUUAAGACCAAUGUUUCACUGAAAGCAGAAAUUUAAAGGAAGAAAGGAUGUGGCAUCUUUUUAUAAGAUGCUUUUGGGCUGGAAUAUGAGUGAAAGAGGACAAGUAAAGUAGAUGUAUUUUUAAGAAUCAAAAAUUCAGAAAAUACAACUGAAAAUGUAUGCCAUAUUUUGUCCGCUGGCGUGUCUUUUAACAUCAAUGAAAUACCAUGAUUUAAGAAAAUAUGUCAUGGUUACCAUGGAUUCAGAGUACAUGAAAAUAUAUUCAAUUUACCUGUUCACAAACUAAUAUAUAAUAUAACAAGUGACACUCGAAACUAAUUGCAAUCUUUUUCAGCAAAAGAUAAUAAUAGUCAUAAAAGACACGUUUUAUGUGGAAAUGGAUCAGGUUAUCCGAUCACAUGGUCACAUUUCCAAUGUCAUGGUCAUUUUGGCCACCACAAACCAAAGUCAAGGAAUGCAUGCUUGUCUGAAUCUGUGGGAAAUUGAGCCACUAUGGAAUGCUUGUAACAAUGUAUGUCAUAUCUAAUAUAUUCAUGGAAGUCACUGCACAAGUGUCAGACUAAAUAGUGUAUUUUUUGUACAAAACUAGCUGACAAGUGUUUGCACGGCGCACGUGCAUAAGUUGUACUGUAUCAGUAUGCCUAGGAAUUGUGUCAUGUUUGUAUUGUAUUUUUCUGUUGUCCUAAACAUCCCUCUGCACCUCUUUGCCAUUGCAAUAUCCGAUUUACAUCCCCCUCAGCAGCCUAGUCAUCACUGGGUCACGGCCACCAACUGUGGAUUGUCAGUCUUUGCUACUUUCUUUUGAAACUUUUUUAUUAAAUUUUUAUCACAAUGUGAAGCAUCAUUAAAAUGUCAUUUGUGUUACAAUGUUACAUUGAUUCUAAUUCUUAGAAGAAUCUAUUUUGAAGCCCAACUUACCAUUUGCAAGGCACUCUUGUUAUUUAAUGCAUAAAAAAAAACAAACAAAAAAACUUUUCUUAUUUGCCUUUAAUAUGUACCUCAUAUUUCUUCUUGUCAGUUCAUAUAAAUGUUAGUGCUGUGAGAUUUUGGACUCUAAAUAUUACAAAUAUAUACAAAACAAAUUGGAAUUAUUGAUGUUAAUGCAUAAGAAAAUCUUAGGAAGUUGUUUAAAAGAAUAGGCAGAAAAGUUUACUACCUCUUGUUUAUCUGUUGUAGAAUAGUAAGGCAAUUUUGUCUGAAUGAGUCACACUGAAUGUUUUUUGAUUCCUUUUUUAAGCAAUCAGUGUUUUAAAAAUGUCCAUAAGCAUUAUGUUUAAGAAUUGAUAAUAUCUGUAGUUUUGGUAAAAAUGGUAGCUUUCACUUUGUAAUUGGAAAUUUUGUGAACUAAGAUUUGUUUCUUUAAUUGUUUUCUUAAGAAAAAUUCCAUGUCCUCAGAUUUUACAUUCCUAGAUUUGUGCACAUGGUAGUUUGUAAAUUUAUCUAGAUUAUAAAUUUCUUAAGGAAUUGUAAUUUUUCUGCUGAUGUUUAAUACAUAAAUUUAAGUAUUUCUGUAGACAUAUUUUGAAAAGUCUUUUUUGCUUCAUAAAAAAAUUAAUGGUAUUAAUUGUGACUGAAUAGUUUUUCAAUGAAAAGUAUAUUUUUAUCUUAAAAUUGAAGGUGUAAUUAUAUGUCCUGUGUAUGGUUUGAUGUGUUUUUUCUAAAUUGGAAAUGUCUGUAUUUUUAUAAUGGCUUUUCUUAUAGUUAAUAGAUAAUGCAAACCAUGUCCAUUCACAUCACCAUACUAUUUUUUCAAAUAAUAUUUUGUAUUGGAAAUAUUCUUGCCUGAUAUGCAGUAACUGGUUCCAUGUAUUUAUAUACUGAAGAUUAUGAAAGUAGUUAGAAGAAAAUCAUUAGGAAACUUGAAACCUAUUUGCAUUAUGCAAAUUUUGUUAAAGUGUAACAUUGAAAUAAUAAUUGCCACAUGUAUUAUGUUUUGCUUAAGUUUGUCAUUCUUCAAGUUUCUAAAAUUACUUCUCUAGAUAAUAGUAUUUUCAGUAUCAUAAAACAAAGAGGAGUAAUUUUCACAGUUGAAAUUCAAUAUCAAUUUUUUUAGUCAUCAGUGUAAUUUUCAAAUGUGUAUAGUUAGCAGAUCUGUUUAACAUAUUAUCUUGCCUCUUCUUUCCUAAAGAUUAAUAAUUUUCACUGAGAUAAUGUGUUUGAAAGGAAUGGAGUAAUAUUUAUAAAGUAGCAUUCUAGAACACAGAAUAAUGUGUACUUCAUGUGUCAGAAAACAAGACAAAAUGUCCUUCAAAAAUACAUAUAAGUACACUCUAAACAAGGGAAUUAAAACUUUAAUGUUCUGUGAGCUGGUGCCUUUGGCCUGGACCCAAAAUGCAAUGUGAGGGGGAUUAUCUUGCCCAUACCACUGCCCCAAGCUCCUCUAUUGCCUCUACUAUACUGUGUUUUGUAUAUUUUAGUAUGGAGAAGUAUUUGUUGAAAUAAAUUAUUUGUACACAUAAAUUGUGACUUAUUGUGAGUAAUUAUACAGAAAUGAAUGUAAAUUGAUGUUUUUUUAUUCCUUACUUAACUUUCUGUAUUCUCUUCAAAUUCUUCUUGCAAAAAUGAAUUCUCAAGAUUUCUUAGAAGUUAGGAAUGUAUUAAUGGUCGCUGUAAAAGGCUUGUACUUUCUCAAAAAGGAAACCAAUCACAUAUAGAUAUAUUGAUGUUUAAACAAAAUCACAAAAAAUAUUUCUUGUAUCAAAACAAGUAUGAACUGAAAUGAUAUUCA